AUGAACACCGACAAGAACAACUCAGUCAAGUCACCACCGAGCUCUCCCCCUGCCAAACGCGUCAAGACCGACGGAACUACUUCGACCAUUAGCACGAUGGCGCAAGAGAACGGCAGCACCGUCCCUGUCACCACAAUGGAGCAGGCCCCUCCUCUCCUCAUCAAGAAGCUGUCUGACAAGGCACGUCUGCCCACCCGCGGCAGUGCCUUCGCAGCCGGCUACGACAUCUACGCAGCCAAGGCAACAGUCAUUCCCGCGCGGGGCAAGGCCGUCGUCGACACUGACAUCAGCAUGGCAGUACCUGCUGGAACUUAUGGCCGCAUCGCUCCCCGUUCUGGCCUCGCAGUCAAGCACUCUUUGACCACUGGCGCCGGUGUCAUAGAUGCAGACUACCGCGGACAGGUCAAGAUUCUGCUGUUCAACCUUUCUGACACCGACUUCAACGUCUCAGAGGGCGACCGCAUCGCGCAGCUCGUCCUGGAGCGCAUCUACACCCCGGAGGUGCUAGAGGUCGCCGAGCUGGAGGAGAGCGUGCGGGGCGCAGGUGGGUUCGGGUCCACGGGCGGGUUUGGCACCGCGGCGACCUCUAACGGAACGACGGACGGCGCCUCCGAUGCGCCUGCUGCUGCCCCUGCUGCGGCUGAGAAACCAUCGUCCUAG